AUGGACGGCGACGACACCAUCACCGCUGAGGUCUGCAAGGAGGCUGACAUUGGGGAUGGAGAGCUGUGGGACGUGAUGGUGGCUGGCUACCCAGUGCUGCUGGUGAGGAACAAGAAGGAGUUCAGGGCCCUGGGCAGCAAGUGCCCCCACUAUGGUGCCCCACUCAGCAAAGGAGUCUUGAAAGGGGAGAGGCUGCGCUGCCCCUGGCAUGGCGCCUGCUUUAACAUCAAAACUGGAGACAUCGAGGAAUACCCUUCUCUGGACUGUCUUCCCUGCUUUAAGGUAACAGUGGAAGAUGGAAAGGUAUUUGUUACAGCAAAAAAGAAGGAUCUUGAAAGCAGCCUGAGGGUGAAGGACACAAGCAAGCGAUACCUUCUCAACCGGGAAACGAUGCUGCUUCUGGGGGAGGUCACAUCUCUUGUAGGUGUGGCUGCCCUGGUGUGUGCAGAGACACUUCGCCAAGAGGGCUUUACUGGCAGGAUCAUCAUGGUCACCAAAGAGAAACAUGUUCCAUAUGACAAGUCCAAACUGAGCAAGGCAAUGAACUUGAAAGCUGAGGACGUCUACCUGAGGAAACCUGAAUUCCUUGAUGCUCACGGCAUAGAGCUCUGGACAGAGAAAGAGGCAGUGUCGGUGGAUUUCCAGAAGCAGAAGGUCUGCUUCAUGGACGGGUCCUCUCAGAAGUACAAUCAGCUGCUCAUUGCAACAGGCAGCCACUCCAGCUUCCUCAAAGUCCCAGGUGCAGACCUGCAGAACGUGUGCGUUCUCCAAACCCCAGAAGACUCUAGCAAGAUCUUAGAGCUGGCAACUGGGAAGAAUCUGGUGAUCGUAGGAGCUUCAUUCAUAGGAAUGGAGGUAGCUGCCUUCCUCUCCGACAAGGCUGGUGCCAUCUCGGUGGUGGAAAAAAAGGAGUUCCCUCUCCAGAAUGCGCUGGGUCCUCAGGUUGGAGGUGUCGCCAUGAAGAUGCUGCAAAAUAAAGGGGUGAAGUUUUACAUGAAAACAGAACUCUGUGAGCUGAAAGGAACGGAUGGAAAGGUGGCAGAGGCUGUUCUUGCCAGUGGAGAGAAACUACCUGCAGAUGUGGUAGUGGUGGGAAUAGGGGUAUUCCCCAACUCAGCAUUUCUGAAGGGCACCUCCAUCGCCAGAGACGACAGUGGUGCCAUCCUGGUGGAUCUGCGCAUGCAAACCAACAUCCCAAACGUCUUCGCCGCGGGGGAUGUGGUCUCCUUUCCAGUAGCGCUGCUCAAUGGGGACUGGUCCAGCAUCCAUCACCAACAGGUGGCCGAGGCCCACGGUCACAUUGCUGCCUUAAACAUGCUGAAGAAAGAGAAGGAGUUGCACACUGUUCCCUUCUUCUGGACCACGAUGUUUGGGAAAAGCAUCCGCUAUGCAGGCUGCGGGAAGGGAUACACCGACACUAUUGUGAAGGGCAGCCUGGAGCAACAGAAGUUCCUGAUCUUUUACAUCAGGGACGGCUUCGUGACUGCAGCUGCCAGCCUGAACUGUGACCCCAUGGUGUCUCUGAUUGCAGAAGUUUUAUACUUGGGGAAACAAAUCUCUAAAGAAGAAGCAGAGGCCUGCGACGUCUGCAAUAUACCCUCGCUAGCAGAAACCUAAGCUCGGUACAUGCC